AUAUAGCUCUGAAACGACCUCCACAGGCCACAGCGUUUUGCUUCCUCAAAUACAGAUCUUCACUCGCUGCCGCACGUGUGGAAGAAAGAAGGCAGGAAUGGCGGGCUCUUGGUCUUCCUCCUCCUCGCGCACGUCGUCUCUCGGCUCCUUGGGCUACGACGACGUUGUUUUCGUGAUGAAGCCGGAUUCUUGUGCAGCUACGGCGCCGGCGGCAGGCGAGGGGAACAGCGUCAAGUUCCUGUGCAGCUACGGCGGCAGGAUCCUUCCGCGCCACUCCGACGGAGCGCUCCGCUACGUCGGCGGCAACAACCGCGUCCUCUCCCUCGAUCGCUCCCUCCAAUUCUACGAGUUGCAGCGGAAGCUGAGGGACAUGUGCGGGUGGGAGGCGGUGAGCCUGCGGUGCCAGCUGCCGACGGAGGACCUCGACGCGCUCGUCUCCGUCACCAGCAAGGACGACCUCAGCAACCUGCUGGAGGAGUACGAUGCGGCCAGCAGGGACCGACUCCAGCCGCUCAAGGUCCGGGCGUUCCUGUUCCCAAGGUCGACGCCUGGGCGCACGUCCGCCAGCAGCACUACCACCACACGAUGACUCCCUCCCCGGCGGUUCGUCUUCCUAGACAGCGGCGGCGCUACCACCGGCGGCCGCACCAGCAUCACGCAGUCCACACCGGUAUUCAGUUGCAAAAUAACGGCGUAAUGAGCAGUCGUGUGCUGGAGCCUAGAGUAUUAAGCUAGGUAGUCGUCACUGUUGUUAACGUUUCAUGGCCUUAUUUAAAUAAGAAAUCCAUGUGGAUGAGUCAUUCUUUC